AUGGUGCCUAUUCAAGAUUCUUCUCUUGAUGGUAAAUUGGAGCAAAUGCUUAAGGUGCUUGCCACUCAAGGAGAUAAUCCUAACAAUGAGACAAGUGAUGAAGAGGUGGAUGAGGAGAUAGUGUAUGAGCAACAUUCAUCUAAAAUUGAUGAGAAAAAGGGUAAAGGAGUUGGAAAUUCUUUAGAUCUUGAAAAUGAAAAUGUAGCUGAGGUAAAGCAAGGAGAAAAGAAUGAAAACAAUGAGGAAGAGGGGAAGACUGAGGCUACAUUAGAGAAUGAAGAUGGAAAAGAAGUGAAAAAGCCUAAAGAGAUUUGGCAUCUUCCCAUUAAGACAAGGGUUAUUAAGGAAGGGGAUCCAAUUCCAAUUGACGUUCAUUUUCCAAGUAGAUUUCAAGUUUCUAAGGCUUUGUGCAAAGAUCCAAGCUCCUUCACAAUCCCUUGUCAAAUUGGGACUAUUCAUAUUAUCGAUGCUUUGCUGGACUUGGGACAUGCCAUAAAUGUGAUGCUAAGUCAAAUAUUUUCCUCUUUAUACUUGGGAGAGCUUCAAUCAACAAAUGUAAUUCUCCAAUUGGCCAACAAGUCUAUAAGGAAGCCUAAAGGGGUAGUUGAAGACAUAUUGGUCAAGGUCAAGGACCUUGUAUUCCUCAUGGAUUUUUACACCCUGGACAUGGCACAUGAUAACAUGGAUAGAGCACUUAUUCUUAGGAGGCCCUUCAUGCAAACUACUAACACAAUCUUCAACAUGAAAGAGAGCAAAAUUAUAAUGGAAUUUGGUGGUAAAAUCAUUGAGUUCAAUAUGCAUGAUGCUUUGAAUAAGGAUUUUGUUGAUUGCUCCUUGUUGGGUGUUAAAAUGAUUGAUGCUAUGAAACAUGGUUAG